CAGCCUAAGAGCCAAGAGGGAGGGAGUGUGGGAAUGAGAGCAGGAGGGCAGAGGUAAAGAGUGGUAGGGCGGAGGUAGAGAUAGCGAGGGAGCGACACAGAGGGAAUGCAGCAGUCCUGCCUGAACUGAGCUGCAUGGAACUGGACCUAAAGGAGCGGAGACAGGGAUUCUUGGAAGAGGGGAAGGGGAGGGGGGGAACUACAGGAGAGGAGGGGAGAGAGGUGUCGGAACUAGGAGGAGAGUUGGAGGAAGAGUGUGAGGUAGAGUUGGACUCAGGACUGUGUGUAGAGGGGGAGUCAGAGCGGAGUGUAGGACAGAUGGGGCUAGACUCAGGGGAACGAAUAGAGGGACAGAAGGAGCAGGAGGAUCAUUGGCUUAACAUUGAGGGACAGCUAGAGUGUUUACCUGGACGUCAGGGAGAGUUAGAGUUAGGUUUGGACUCAAGGUUGACAGGGGAGAGCAUGGAGGAAUCACACAUGAAGGAACUAUCAGAUGUACAUUCAUGGGAAAAGAUGAAGAGAGGGACAGAGAUAGAUAAAAGGAUAGAGGUAGAGGGGGAGAGGGUGGAAUCUCACAUAUGGAUGGGGGGAGAGACUGAGGACAAAAGUAUGGAGGAAGAGUUGAAGUUGCGUUUAAGGCCGGUGAAGGAGAAAAGAGGGAUGUCUGUUCGUAUUUCCCUGGAGGAGGUGGAGAGAUACUACCGUUUCUCCCGUUGCUGCUACUGGCUACAAAAUGAGAUCAUGCAGCAGGAGAGCAGUCCCCUCUGUGCCAUCGACAUCACCCCUGACCUCAGGAAGCAGUUUGCCUACCUCUCAGGGGGCCGAGGGCAGAACGGCAGCCCCAUCAUUGUGUUCCCAGAGUUUCCUGCAUUCGGAGAAAUCCAGGAGAGGGAGUUCCACAACGUGCUCACAUACCUGACCAGCAUCCCCAGUCUGUCUGCGGCAGGAGUGGGUUUUAUCCUGGUCAUUGACCGGCGGCAGGACCGAUGGGCGGCCGUCAAGGGGACCCUGCUCCGCAUUGCAGGUUCGUUCCCAGGGAACCUGCAGUUAGUUCUGGUAUUGAGGCCCACCACCUUAUUCCAGAGGACACUCUCAGACAUCUUGUUCAAGUUCAACAAGGAUGAAUUCAAGAUGAAGGUGCCGAUGAUUAUGCUGAGUUCUGUGACUGAGCUCCACUCCUACAUAGACCGGACACAACUGACUACUGAGCUGGGAGGAACCCAGGAGUACUGCCACGAGAAGUGGAUCUCACACCGCACCGCCAUUGAGGGCUUUGCUCUGAUGGUAAAGAGAACAGCUCAGAUCCUGCAGUCGUUUGGGACAGAGCUAGCAGAGACCGAACUACCCAAUGACAUCCAGGCUACCAGCAACCUACUGGGGACACACAUCAACAAGAAGAGCAAGAUGAAGGAGGAUCUGCUGGUGGCUUUAGGACAGGGCAGCAGACUGUUGGAGAGUAUUAAUGAGCCAGUGGUCAGAGACCCAGACCACAACAUGAACCAGGACGAACUGGAGAACCUGGCCACCGUACAGAGACUGCUUUCCCAGUUGAAUGAGACAGAACGGGCUUUUGAUGAGUUCUGGGAGAGACAUAAGACCAAGCUGGAGCAAUGUCUGCUACUCCGUCACUUUGAACACAACUACAGAGAGGUGAGGUGUCUGCUGGACCAGGUGGCACAGAGAUUGACAGCUUUCUCGGAGGUGGGGAUAAGCCCCGCCCACGCUGAUCACAUCUUCCGCGAGCUGAGCAGCCACGAGGAGAGAGUCUGUGAGGUACUGGACCGAGCCCAGGCUCUGGCCCGUGAGGGUGACGAGUUGAUUCAGAACACCCACUAUGCUGAGGACUCCAUCCAGCCCAAAUGCAUUGAGCUCCGAGCCGUGAACGAGGAACUGAGCACUUACCUGAGAGCAAAGAAAGACCACUUACUCAGAGCUAUAGAGCUGCACCACAGCCUGGAGAGGGCUGCUAAGUGGUGUGAUGAUGGCAUCUACCUGCUGGCCUCUCAGCCCGUGGACAAGUGUCAGUCACAUGACGGGGCGGAGUCAGCGCUGCAGGAGAUUGAGCGUUACCUGGAUACAGCAGGACAGAACAAACUGACUGAUCCUAGUGCCAUCUGCAGGGACUACGAAACAGUGCUCAACCUGGAGUUCAGAGACCAAGUGGACAAGGUGUUCCAGAAGCAGGUCUCCAUGCAGGAGAUGUUUGAGAAGAGGAGGGUCAGUCUGAAGAAGCUGGCAGCCAAACACACCAGGCCAGUCCAGCCUGUGGCCCCAAGGCCUGAAGCCAUCAAGUCCCCACUGUCCUCGCCAGCAAAGAGAGUGCUGGAGAAGAGCUGCUCAGAGGGAGACUCUGUGAACAGGGUCAGCUGUAGAAAAGUGGAGGGCCAGCUACAGAGCAACAGAAGUGCCUCUAUGUCAGAGGAGGACGAGAACCUGGCCAUCCUCAGAAAACAUGUAAUGAAUGAGCUGCUGGAGACAGAGAGGGCAUACGUGGAGGAACUGCUCUGUGUUCUACAGGGCUAUGCCUCAGAGAUGGACAACCCAGCCAUGGCCAGUCUCAUGCCCAUUCCUCUGCAAAACAAGAAAGAUGUGCUGUUUGGCAACAUGCCAGAGAUCUACCACUUCCACAAAAGGACCUUUCUGAGGGAGUUGGAAGAGUACGAAGACUGCCCGGAACUUGUGGGUCGGUGUUUUCUGGAGAGGAUGACAGACCUGCAGAUCUAUGAGAAGUAUUGUCAGAAUAAACCUCGCUCUGAGAGCUUGUGGAGACAGUGCUCCGACUGCUCCUUCUUCCAGGAGUGUCAGAAGAAGCUGGAACAUAAACUGGGCUUGGACUCCUAUCUCCUGAAACCGGUCCAGAGAAUCACCAAAUACCAGCUCCUGUUGAAGGAGCUGCUGAAGUACAGUAAGGGCUGUGAGGGGUCAGAAGACCUGCAGGAGGCGCUCACCUCCAUCCUGGGCAUCCUGAAGGCUGUCAACGACUCCAUGCACCUCAUCGCUAUCACUGGAUACGAUGGUAACAUGGGCGACCUGGGACGGCUGCUGAUGCAGGGGUCAUUCAGUGUGUGGACAGAACACAAGAAAGGUCAUGCCAAGGUCAAGGACCUGGCCCGCUUUAAGCCCAUGCAGAGACACCUGUUCCUGCAUGAGAAGGCCCUGCUCUUCUGUAAGAGACGGGAGGAGAACGGGGAGGGCUACGAGAAAGCCCCCUCCUACAGCUUCAAACAGUCCCUCAAUAUGAGUGCUGUGGGCAUCACUGAGAACGCCAAAGGUGACAACAAGAAGUUUGAGGUCUGGUGCAACUCACGGGAGGAGGUGUAUAUCGUUCAGGCCCCAACGUCUGAGGUAAAAACAACGUGGGUGAAGGAGAUCCGGAAGGUUCUGACAACGCAGCUGGAAGCCUACAGAGAAGCCAGUCAACAGAGGCCGUCAGACGGACUGUUCCAGUUCCCCUCUUGUGCUGGAGCACCUGUCAGCCUCAGUCCGUUUAGAAGAGGGGAGAGGAGCAUGAAGGAGAAGAAGGGAGAACCCAGCAGCCCUGACGCUAACUCCUGCUCCUUCCCAAAGACCAAAGAAGAAGCAGCGACCAGUCCUACCUCAGACAGAGCAGCUGUGGCUAAAAAGCGUUUUACCUUGCAGGGCUUCAGCAACUUCAACAAAGACCUCUCGCCUCCUGACAAUAAAAGCUUAACUUUACCCAGGAUUCCCUUCUCUCCAUCAGGAUCUCCCACAAGCCCUGACCAUAAAACCAAACGUCAUGAGAUAAAGAGUGAUCCUACUCCGUUCGGCUUUAAAGACCCAGGCCCUCACGCUCACCUCCACCUGGGCAGAGUCAGGUGGUUCAGCACCUCGAGUCUCUUACAGGCCAAGAGGAGAGGAUGGACCAAGGGCUCUCUCUCAUUGGACGCCAAUGAGGAGAAUGAUGGAUACUCUAGCCCUGAAGAGCCCCUGAACUCAGACCCCGAGGACGAGGAGGGAAAGAAACUAUGUGCAGGGAAGUACACAGUGGUGUCUGACUAUGAGAAGGGAGAAGGCCAGGACCUGUCAGUCAAGAGUGGUGAAACGGUGCAGCUGAUCAAGGAGGGAGAUGAUGGACAGUGGUUUGUGAAGAACUUGAAGACCAAGCAGGAGGGCUGGGUGGCUGCAGCCAACAUUCUCACCCUGAUUGGAGAGUCCAAGUCCUGCCAGUCUCUCACCAGCUCAGAGGGCAGUGGCUCAGGGAACCUCAGCACUUCAUCCAGCUGCUGUGAGACUUACACCAGCUUCUCUGACAUCAAGCCCUGAACCCUCCACCCUUCCCUGGCCCCAUCAGGCCACCUCAGACCCUUUCUCUCCAGAUCCCAACCCAACAGCACCAGCUGGUGGCUCCCCCAGCAAGACAGCACUUUCUCCCCCCCACCCUAAACACAACUUCACCCACCUUACCCAGAGGCAAGCCCUUCUAUUAGGAUACUGGUCAGAAACGUCAAGAAGAUGCCAACAAUAGACUUCAUCAGAUAUCAUUGACUAGAGAAUGGGCUCCAGCGCCCUUGUGUAGUUGAAGAGAUGUAGUGUAGGUGGGCAGCAGCUACCCAUAGACACUAAUCUUAGGUCAGUUUGGCACUUUUGCAUGUAUCCUUCAUAAAAUUGUCAAGGUUAGGAUUGGGGAUUACUACAGUAUUAGUAGCACUGUUAGUAGCACUAACAGACAAAAUGCUAUGGACAAGAUGGAACCUGACAUAACCCAUAGAAAUAUAAUACCAUUUGGUUAUGAAUUCUAAUUCAAAGUUAACCUAAUCAGGUGUCACUGAUAUAGCGACACCAUCUGGCAUAGAGUGGUGGAUAUGGAUCGGGUUGAGCCCUUUUUGUUGUACUGUAAGCCUAUAAGUAAGUUACUGUAAGUUACAAUGCUGUUGGUCUGCAUCAUGGUCCCCUUGAUUGUCUACAAAUAGACAAGACUGUAUUUUUUUUUAUAUAAAAUGAUUGUAAAUAAGAAAGAUUAUGAUUGAAAAGUAGACCGUGUGUAGCUUUUCAGAUUGUUGCUCUAAGUUCUACCAGUCACCUCAACUGGUGGCCAUAUAAGUAACCAAUAUGACCUUUUGUAGGCCUGUGACUAUCUUAUUGCCUCUUGGAGAGUGAGGAGUUACUGUUUAUUUGAAAACAGAAGGAAGGGAAUGACUCUUGUUAUGUACUUUGAUAAAGAUGUUAUUCUAUGUCUGUCUAUCUCUAUAAUGUAAUCUCUCUCUCUCCCUCCUUCUUGUUCUCAUAGCCUACCCUGUCCUGCAGCAUUAGUUUUGUAUAUGGUUCAGACAGAGCAGUCACAGUAUCACUGUUUCCUCUGUCCUCGUCAAAUGACUUUAUUAUGAGAUCCCCUUUCCAUCCAUUUCACAUGACUUUAGUCAUUGCAGGUGUCUUCUCCAUGUGUACUGUGAACUUUCCUAGUUUUGUGAAUAACUCAGUGUAUAGUCAUAACUUAUUUAUUGUAAAGCAAUCAUAUUUUUUUAUGUAGAUAUUGUUUAUUAACUCACUUUUCUUUAUGAAAUCAGAAAUUCUCUCAGUCAGCAGUUGUGAAUCUGUUUUUUUAUAUUAAAGGACUUGUGGUACAGGUAA